CUAACUCUGUUUUCUUUUCAUCCCUACGCCGUUUCAUCAUCAUCUCUCUCUCAACUCAAUCGCCCAUCGCCUUUUCCCCGAAGGAAUUGCCGAAUCGCCGUCAAAUUCUUGUCUCCGGUCCGAUCACCUCUAAUUUACCUCCAUCCGAUCUGCAUCUGCUUGUCUCCAAAGAGUCUUCUACCUUAAUCGUCAAUUAGCCCUAAUUCUUUUCUCAUAUUAUUCAUCUAGAACCGAGUUCGUAUACCGUACAUCCGGCUGUACCUAAAAUUAGAAAGAAAAAAUGGAUGUUAUAAAAGCAUUUGCUUCAGCCACAAAGAAUUUGGCAGAAGCAAUAUCUACAUUUGAUGAGAAGCUUCGAGCAGCUAUUCAAGUGUUGCCAGAUGAUGAAGCAAUGAAAAUGCUGGUAGAGAGGGUUUAUAAUCUGCUGGAUGGUUAUUCAAAAGAGAAUGUGCAAGAAGAAGAGAAAGAAAGCACAAGAGAAGGAGAAAAGGAAUGGACUUUUAGUCAAGAUGAUGAAUAUUGGAAAAGUGAAGAAGUGAUGAAGGCUAUUGAUGCUAUAGAAAAAGCACAAAAAAGGCGACAAGAGAGAGCACAGUAUGAUGGGCCAACCUUUAGGCUACUUUCACAAGAAAGCCAAGAGAGACGUGAUAAUGAGAUGGUUCAUGAUUGGGGGGUGGCAGCUGUUGAUGUGGGAGAGAAUGGAGAGUUGCAGACAGAUGUCAAAGGUGGGGGAGAUGUGGCAGAUGUGGCCAAUGUAAAAAAAGUUCCAAGUGAAGACCGGAUUCUUGACAUGGCAGUGGAGAAAAACAAUAGAGAAGUUGAGCAGAAUAAAAAAGGCAAUCAAGACGAAUGUCCAGAAAGAAUUGCAGAACGACAAAAGGGUAGAAAGAGAGAUGUUUCACUUUCAGCUGCACUAAGUAAUGUGCUAUACAAGGAAGGUGACAGAUCAAUCAAGAAAGGGCACUUCCAAAGCUUGAAACUGAACUCAGCAGUUUCUUUUGAAAUCAUAGAUUUGUGGACUGAUAUUCUUAACCACAAAGAGAAGUUCAAAAGCAAUGACUCAUCAGCCAGAGUGUUCUUCCCAACGAAAAUUUGUGAUGUGUUGGAUUACAAUGUUGGAAGUUCAGCAACAACACGAAACAAAAACUUUGUGGAAAGUGAUAACGUUAGAGUGGGUUUCAUAUAUGUCUUGUCGUAUUCAACUUUCUUCAUCGAGUUUGGAAUAUAUCCAGAUACGUUCUUGAUAAUGACAGGUUCCAGACACUAUAUAUAUCAUGAUUAUGGGAAGAGUAUCUCACAUUCUCACAUUAUGGAAGGAACUUCUCGAACACUUCCUUACACCAUAAGAUUCGUUGGUCUUCUUGGUAGAAAUCCAAAGUUUAUGGCUACUGCAGUAGAUUUAGGAAGAGAAUUGAUAAGGCGAAGAAUUAGUCUUGCUUAUGGAGGAGGCAACGUUGGCCUACAAGGAGUUGUUGCUUCAACAGUCUUUACCAAUGGUGGUCUCGUUAGAGGUUUCAUUCCUGGGUACAUAGCAACACGACGGGUCUACGGACCUACAUAUGGCGUAGAGCACACAGUUUCCAGCAAUUACUACAAAUAUUUUGAGAUGAAUCAUGCCGUGGAAGCUUUCAUUGUUCUUCCCAGAGGAGUUGACACUAUGGGAGGUUUGUUUACCUUGAUCUCGUGGGCUUCUGAAGGGUUACACAAUAGACCCAUUGGUCUCUUGAACAUUGACGGUUAUUUCAAUAACCUAAUCAAAUUUCUAUACGAUGCAGUGAGGCAGAACUUUAUGUCUUUGAGUCAGAGGAAACUUUUCAUAUCUUCUUUCUUUGUUGGUGAGCUUUUAGACAAAUUAGAGUUUGCUAAAGCUUUCCCGGGACCAGGGGUUAGUUACGAUGAGUUUGUGAAUCCUGGGAGAUUAGACUUAGAAUUGCAUCCAAACUGUAACACCCUAAUCUGUCCAGGUCUGCAGCCCCUUUCAGAUUAAAGUAUUAACUUGUGAAACGAUGAUUCCGGCGGAAAAACGGCGAAACUUCCGGCGAACACCAUGGCUUGCUCCGGCGACCUCAACUUCUCCGGACAGCACCAUCGCACUCCUCACUUUCUCAACAACAGAAUAGAAAGAAUAAUGGAGAGAAUUGAUG